AUGGCGCAGGAUCAGAUCAACGGCAAGCCGGAGCGCGUGGUCGACAGUCCCAAGGUCUGGACGACCCUCAUCACCAACACCAAGUACCUGACAGGUCUCCUCACGCUCGAUGCAUCGCUCAAGUUCGUCGGGUCCAAGUACCCGCUCGUCGCCCUGUACACGGAUACCUUCCCAGCCGAAGGACACGCCGCCCUCGAUGCGCGAAACAUACCGAAAAAACGCGUCAAAUAUCUGCUGCCGAAAGUCCACAAAGACUACACCAACGACCCUCGUUUCUACGACUGUUGGUCCAAGUUGACGCCGUUCAGCUUGACGGAAUAUGAGCGCGUGGUGCAGUUGGACAGCGAUAUGCUGGUGCGGCAUAACAUGGACGAGUUGAUGGACAUCCCGCUAGAUGGGGCUGAGCAGGCAGGUAAAGGGCAGCGUGUAUUCGCGGCAAGUCAUGCUUGUGCCUGCAACCCGCUCAAGAAGCCGCAUUACCCAAAGAACUGGAUACCGGAGAACUGCGCGUUUACUUGGCAGCAUGACAAGCCGGAUGAAGCGCAAGAGCAAGGCUCUGGUCCCGCUGAUGGGCUGGCUAUGCCGAAUGGUGGCCUUCAAGUCGUGGUACCCAGCAAUGAAGUGUAUGAGCUCAUCUUGAGUAGACUUCAAGAUCCGAGUAUCAUGGACUACGAGUUUGCGGACCAGAGCUUGCUGGGCGAUCUGUUCUAUGGACGGUGGGUGGCACUGCCGUAUAUAUACAACGCGCUCAAGACGCUGCGGUGGAAGGGCGUACAUGACGCGAUAUGGAGGGACGAUCGGGUCAAGAACGUGCACUACAUUCUGUCACCCAAGCCGUGGGAUGAGACGGCGGAGGACAAGAAGAAGCCCGGUCGCGACGGCAGCAACCAAUGGUGGUGGGACAUCAACGACAAGCGGCUAGUCGAGGAGAAGUCGAAGGGCAUCGACGACGGAUUCUGA